AUGCUGGGCUGGGUCCAACGGGUGCUGCCUCAGCCCCCAGGGACCCCUCAGAAGACCAAGAGGGAGGAGGAGGAGGGGGCGGAACCAAAGCCAGAGUCGGAACCGGAGCCUGAAACAGCCCCUGAGGAGACUGAGCUAGAGGAAGAGUCCCUGCCCCUUGAAGAGCCCUGCGUGGGGAAGGAAGCGGCUGUGGCUGGCCCGGGCCCUCAGGACACCCAGGAGGAUGUGCCUUCUCCACCCACAUCCCUCCAGGCCCAGGUCGCUGUGGUUCCGCAAGCAAACAGUGAUCCCCGUGGCUGGAUGCUGACCUGGCUCAGGAAAGGCAUGGAGAAGGUUGUUCCGCAGCCCUUGCACAGUGGCAGGCCCGCCCAGAGCACCAUGGCUGACUUGGAGGGUCCCGUUCAGCAGGCGGGAGCACAGAUCCUUGGGCACCGCAGUGCUGGGGGCUCAGAUGGACCCAUUGAGGCCCCCAGGGCCCAAGACACCGAGCCUGGGCCCUGGCUGUUCAGGUGGCUCGAGCAGAAUCUGGAGAAGAUGCUGCCUCAGCCUCCGAAAACCUCCGAGGGCUGGAGAGAUGAGCCUGCGGAUGCUGCCUUUGGUCCGGAGCCUCCAGGGCCCGCCUUGGAAAUGAAGACCGCACCACAGGCCCAGGAGAGCCCCUCCCUGCCUCCUCCCGCCCCCCGGAAGCCUGGGGAGGCGCCCCCUCCAGAGCUCCAGCCCAGCAUCCAGGCCUCCUCCCUGUCACCCGCCCCGGACUCUGCCAGGUUGGCGGCACGGCUCUUGCACAGGCUGGAGAUGGCCCUGCCGCAGCCGGUGAUCCGUGGGAAGGCUGGGGAGCAGGAGCCUGACUCCCCUGUGAUGUGUGACGUGCAGACCAUCAGCAUCCUCCCUGGAGAGCAAGAGGAGCCCAAUCUCAUCCUAGAAGAGGUUGACCCUCACUGGGAGGAGGACGAGCAUCAGGAGGGCAGCACCAGCCCGCAGGGCUCAGAGGGAGCUCCAGCUAAUGAAGAGGAGAGCGAGGUGGUGGAGGAGAUACCCAGGGAGCUGCCUCGGAUUCAAGAGGAGAAAGAAGAGGAGGAGGAAGAGGAGGAUGGAGAGGAGGAGGACAAAGAGGAGAAGGAGGAGGACGGAGAGGAGCAAGACAGAAAGGAGGAGGAAGAGGACAGAGAGGAGGAGGUGGAGGACGGAGAGGAGGAGGACAAAGAGGAGAAGGAGGAGGACGGAGAGGAGCAGGACAGAGAGGAGGAGGAGGAAGAACUGGAGCCUGAGCCUGAUCACAGUGUCCUGCUGGACAGCUGUCUGGUGGCGCAGGGUUACGAGGACCAGAGUGAAGUAGGCGGAACCGCGCCCCCGAGCACCUCACACCAGGAGCUGCAGGAGGAGGACGUGGCUGCCAGCUCAGGAGUACCUGCCACGGAGGAGCACCCAGAAGUGCAGGUGGAAGACACUGAUGCUGACAGCCGCCCCCUCAUCGAGGAGGAGAAUCUGCCCGCUCCUGAGCUGCUGCCCCUGUCUCCUGCCAAAUCCGACACCCUUGCGGUCCCAGGGUCGGCCACAGGGAGCCUCAGGAAGAGGCUGCCCUCCCAAGAUGAUGAGGCUGAAGAGCUCAAGAUGCUGUCACCGGCUGUUUCCCCCAUGGUUGCCUGGUCAGACCCCACCAGCCCACAGGGCACUGACGACCAGGACCGCGCAGCCUCCACAGCCAGCCAGAACAGCACCAUCAUCAACGACAGGCUCCAGGAGCUGGUGAAGCUGUUCAAGGAGCGGACGGAGAAGGUGAAGGAGAAGCUCAUCGACCCUGACGUCACCUCAGAUGAGGAGAGCCCCAAGCCCUCCCCGGCCAAAAAAGCCCCAGAGCCAGCCCCGGAUGUGAAGCCAGUUGAAGCGGGGCAGGUAGAAGAGGAACACUAUUGUGAAAUGCUCUGCUGCAAGUUCAAACGCCGCCCCUGGAAGGAGUACCAGUUUCCCCAGAGCAUCGACCCGCUAACCAACCUGAUGUACAUCCUGUGGCUGUUCUUCGUGGUGCUGGCCUGGAACUGGAACUGCUGGCUGAUUCCCGUGCGCUGGGCCUUCCCCUACCAGACGCCCCACAACAUCCAUCUCUGGCUGCUGAUGGAUUACCUGUGCGACCUCAUCUACCUCCUGGACAUCACCGUGUUCCAGAUGCGUCUGCAGUUCGUCAGAGGCGGGGACAUCAUUACGGACAAAAAGGAGAUGCGCAACAAUUACCUGAAAUCUCAGCGCUUUAAGAUGGACAUGCUCUGCCUCUUGCCCUUGGACUUGCUCUACUUGAAAUUCGGUGUGAAUCCCCUCCUGCGCUUGCCCCGCUGUUUGAAGUACAUGGCCUUCUUCGAGUUUAACAACCGCCUGGAAUCCAUCCUCAGCAAAGCCUACGUUUACAGGGUUAUCAGGACCACAGCCUACCUGCUCUACAGUUUACACCUGAACUCAUGUCUGUAUUACUGGGCGUCGGCCUAUGAGGGCCUCGGCUCCACUCACUGGGUUUACGAUGGCGUGGGAAACAGUUACAUUCGCUGUUACUACUGGGCUGUGAAGACCCUCAUCACCAUCGGCGGCCUGCCCGACCCCAGGACGCUCUUUGAAAUUGUCUUCCAGGGUCUGAACUACUUCACAGGCGUCUUCGCUUUCUCUGUGAUGAUUGGACAGAUGAGAGAUGUCGUGGGGGCCGCCACCGCAGGACAGACCUACUACCGCAGCUGUAUGGACAGCACAGUGAAGUACAUGAACUUCUAUAAGAUCCCCAGGUCUGUGCAAAAUCGUGUCAAGACCUGGUACGAGUACACCUGGCACUCCCAAGGCAUGCUGGACGAGUCAGAGCUGAUGGUGCAGCUACCAGACAAGAUGCGGCUGGACCUCGCCAUUGACGUGAACUAUGACAUCGUCAGCAAAGUGGCGCUCUUCCAGGGCUGUGACCGGCAGAUGAUCUUUGACAUGCUGAAGAGACUGCGCUCUGUGGUCUACCUGCCCAACGACUACGUGUGCAAGAAGGGGGAGAUAGGGCGGGAGAUGUACAUCAUCCAGGCCGGGCAGGUGCAGGUCUUGGGUGGCCCGGACGGGAAGUCCGUGCUGGUGACGCUGAAAGCUGGAUCUGUGUUUGGAGAAAUAAGCUUGUUGGCUGUUGGGGGCGGGAACCGGCGCACGGCUAACGUGGUGGCCCACGGGUUUACCAACCUCUUCAUUCUGGAUAAGAAGGACCUGAAUGAAAUUUUGGUGCAUUACCCCGAGUCUCAGAAGUUGCUCCGGAAGAAGGCCAGGAGGAUGCUGAGAAAUAACAACAAGCCCAAGGAGAAGAGCGUACUCAUCCUUCCUCCGCGGGCGGGCACCCCCAAGCUCUUCAAUGCCGCCCUGGCUGCAGCAGGAAAGCUGGGCGCCAAGGGGGGCAAAGGCGGCAAGCUUGCCCACCUCAGGGCUCGACUCAAGGAGCUGGCUGCGCUGGAGGCGGCUGCAAGGCAGCAGCAGUUGCUGGAACAGGCAAAGAGCUCGGAAGACGCCGCAGGAGAGACGGGAUCGGCUGCCCCAGGACAGCCCGUGGCGCCGGAGGUCCCCGGCUCUCCGCCACCUGCCUCCCAGGGGAGGCCCGAAGGAGACGAGGAGGGCGAGGCCCGACCCGAGGAGCACUCGGUGCGGAUCCACAUGAGCCCGGGCCUGGAUCCCGGCGAACAGAUCCUGUCGGUGGAGAUGCCGGAGGAGGAAAGGAAGGAGGAAGAAAAGGAGAAGGAGGAGAAAGAGGAGAGGGAGAAGGAGGAGAAAGAGGAGAGGGAGAAGGAGGAGAAAGAGAAGGAGAAGGAGGAGAAGAAGGAGAGGGAGAAGGAGGAGGAGAAGAAGAAGGAGGAGGAGGAGGAGAAGGAGGAGGACACGGAGGAGGAGAAGAAGGAGGAGAAAGAGAAGGAGGUGCGCGCCCCCCAACACCCGCUGCCCAGCCCCGCGCCCCCUCUGGCGCCCCCUCGCUCCCCCUGCCCCCUUGCACCCACGGAGGGCAAGACGCUCGUCCCCUGCAGUGGCCUCAGCCGCUCUUAG